AUGUCGUUGAAUGGUUCCCAACUUUCGAAUUCCUACACCGUCACCACACGUAUCCGAAAGUUUUCGGAUAUACAGAUCCAAAGCGACCCAUUCGGACGUGUAUCACUGAAUUCUGCUAUUCGCGCAACAUGCGGUUCUGAUGAACGCUUGGGAAGUUUGAGCUUUAUCUCCUCUGCGAAUAACAAAUAUUUUGCUAGUUUUCUUGUGAUGCAAGAAUCGACUAAUGUUAAAAUAACGGUAUACCGAUUCGAGCAUAAUCAGAUACACUUGCACUGGCAAUAUGACUGCCCAUUGAGUGAAACCGGGACGUAUAAGGCUAACGUCACUCCCGACAGUUGGAAUUCAUUGAAACUAGAAGGACAUCUCAUGAACAGCGGUGAAGAGUUGUUUCUACUUGUAUCACAAGACUAUAGUAAUUGUGCUCGUUUGUUUAUAAAGAACAAGGGCGCAGUAAUGACCUGGAUUCGUUCGAAGAGGAAAGAAUGGGCAUCUAGAUGGGAGGACUAUCAGUUCAGUGAUGACGAAUGUUAUAUGUAUAUCGUCUGUAGCGGAAAGAGGAGCGUCACUGGAUCCAAUUACAUUGUCGGAGCAUAUUCAACAGCCACUUGGGAAUUGGUCAAAGAGUGGUAUAUUGUAUGCCAUACUGGAAACCAAAUACCGCACGUCAAAUUAAUGGGUCCACUUUAUUUUGACAACCUGUAUCUCGCAGUGUCGGGCAAUAAUUUGGAUAGUUGUGUAGUUCGAGGUCUGCAUAAUGACGUUUUGCUAACCUUACCAAUUGGUGACGUUUUCAGCUACGGUUCGACGCAGUCAGUUUGGGUAUCGAGAGAUGGCAAACAACUAGUAAACGUUCCAAAAGAUCAAGCCCGCUUGUAUUACUGGGAUCUGAUCAAUCCAACUUACCGGCCAUUGCAAGAAUGUCUUUUGCUUGGAGUUGAAUAUAGGCCACGGGUAGUCAUCCCCAGGCAAGAACAUCUGUGCAGAUAUUCUCCUAACGGUGAAAUUAUCACCAUUGUCACAGCGAACAAUCGUGUUGUCAAUGUCCAAAUUAUGCUCUCUUGGAAUUUGCAAGUUAUUGAUCAAAUGGACAUUCCCUAUGCCGUCUUUGAUGGAUAUCAGGUUUGGAGUGUUGGGAUGUCUAAUGCUGGUGAUCUUUUGGUCCUUGGCACAAUACUCCCUCGGUCUACUGGUUCAAUUCAGGUUGUUAUUUCGCAAAUCUCUGGAAUAUACGAUCGUGUCCAUCGAAUUGAGCAGUAUUUUGAUGUGGCCUCAAAAGGGGUCCUCACGGAUAACCGUGUACUUUUUUCGAGAUGGGAGUUAAUAGGUAGUUACAGUGAUUGGUCAAUGACCCUCAAACAAGAAUCUUCUGAAUCGCGACCGCCAAGUUCCACUGAUAUUGUUGAAAUUCGCAAUGGUUUAUAUGAACUCGUCUUUUUAUCGUGUAAUUGGUAUAAUCCCGGUACAUCAUUGGAAUUGGAUGCUGCUGACAAAAUAACGCAUCUUUUAACGUUCACAGUCCCUUGGGAUACCACAAACAAUGUGUAUGUAUUUGCUAUUAAGAUUGGUACGACACUUGCAGUGACUGCAAUACAGUAUAAAGGCAAUCGUGUAUUAGCUGACAAAAGUCGGAUACUUUACUACAAUCAUAAUAUUGCCAGUCAAAAUCACAAUCUUGAAAUUGUAAACUGCGGAAGCUACUAUAUGCUCACAGUAGAGGCACAUGGGCAUCUUUCAAGCUAUUCUGGUAUUGUUCAUGCCUCCAAGGUAUCAAUAGUAAUCACAAACUUCAACAUUAAAUGUGAUGCCAAGUAUGACUUAUUUGCAAUUCAUGAUUCACGCAACAUGAAUAUCAAGGGUUUGAUUAUUUCACCAAACAUGAUUGUGACAAAGACUUCGACAUUUCUUGGCUACAUCCCAAAUCUAAUGCUAAACCUGGAUGCUGAGAAUGGCAGUUUGUGCUUUGGUAAUAGAAGAAGGGGGAUUUACAGUGCAUCAAAGCUUGAUAUGUGGCUAACUUACACUCAACGUGAUCGACAUAAUGACAUAAUUCUUGGACCAGGACAAUUUACUGAUAUUAUAUCAAGUCACUACACUGCUGUGUUUGAUGAUAUGGAUUAUGAUGACAAUAACUGGCCCUUUCCAUGUGUAUUUGCUGGUGCAAUAGCUCUUGAUGCAAUCUCUGUCAACACCACUCUGACUGAUGAAUUUCUCAAGUGUUACCAUAAGUCAAACGAGCUAAUUUUAAAAAAUACAGUGACUAUUACUUAUUGCAUUCCAGCUGCUUGCCACAUCCGGCCACUUGGUGUCCAGUCCUUUCUGAGACACAUUACUUUAUGGACCAUGAAUGUUGAAGAAAGACUGGUCAGUCUACACAGAAAUAAAUACUGGAAAAGAAUCACAAAUAAUAGUAACUACUGGGAAAAAAUUAUGAAUAACUACCAGUACUGGGAAAGAACUCCAAGUAACUACUGGAAAAUAAUUGGAUUUUAUAUGUUAUUAUUCUGUUUAUCUCCAAUAUUUAUUUGGAGAUUUUUUCAGAAAACAAGUCACAAAACUCUUCCAAAUACUACAAAAUGCACCUUGCCUUUGGCUGGAUUUUGCUCAUAUAACAAGCAUAAAGUGUUUAAACCGCCCAUAACACAUGGAAGAUUAAGAUCAGAUAAUCAGAAAGGAGUCUUUAAUGAUCUUGUUAACUGUACAUUAGGGAGUGCUUCAUUUGGCUACUCAGGAAUUACAAUUAAGCCACAUCAUUCACAUGCAGAGAGUCCAUUCUCUUGUUUGAUUGAUGAAAUACUUGCUCUCAGUGACGAGAAUGUACAGUAUGACUUUUUUGAAAUACUUUGGCUUAAAAAGUUGCUGACAUGGAAACUUGAUACUUUUAUAAGGAAAAAACAUUUUGAGCGUUUACUGAUACCAACAAUUGUGAAUUUUGUCCUGCAUUUACUAAAUGGACUUUUUCUUACACAAGGCAAUCAGUCAAAUAUUCAAAUCAGAACUAAAAUAAUUGCAACUUUACAAUGUAUUGUUGUCAUCUAUCUGGGAGUACAAGAAUUGCGGCAAAUGAGAACUCAAGUACGAUACUGGAAAUCACUUUUCAACUACUUUGAUUUUUCCACUAUUGGCUUGGCCCUUGGAAUGAUAAUUUGUGUGUUUAUUGACAAACAACCUCCAGUUUCCUUUAUUGCAUUUUCAACUGCCAUUAUUUGGGUAAACAUGAUAUUGCAAUUCCGUUUCUACAAACCAAUUGGCAUUUUAUUGGCAGUUUUAACUGACAUGAUCAAAGGAGUUUCUUGGUUUCUUGGACUAUUGGCGACUUUGCUUCUUGGUUUUGGAUUUAUACCUUUCUUUUUGCUCCGGCUCAAAACAAGUGUUAAUGGUGACUUUGGAUCGACUUUAUUUAAAAUGAUUGAAUUUCUAGGAAAUGACUUUACAUCUCUUCAACCAUGGGGAAAUGAUAUAUCUAUUAGUAUUGUUCGUAGUUUGUUUACAAUUAUAAUAUCUGUGCUGCUACUCAAUGUGCUUAUCGCAUUAUUGAAUUUGCAAGUUGAGUCUUCAUCAAAAAAGGGAGAAGCCAAGUGGUUCAAGCAAGUUGCUGAAAUGGUGGUUGAUAUUGAAAAAUACUAUUUAACAUCUGCUGAACGUAGUCGGCCUGAAUGGUUUCCUACAUGGUUCAAGUACACUGUCACUGAAGAUGAGAAAUCAGAAUGGAAAAAACAUUUGGAAGUAAAAGGAAAAGAGUGGCCACUAUCCAGCACAUCAGUUAAAACCGGGGCAGAGGAUAAAAUGAAAGUUUUAGAGAAAUCUAUUAAUGAGAUCAAAUCAAUGAUUAAUGAAAUGUAUGCUGAAAUUCAUAAAGUAAAAGCUGCAAUCGAUAAAGAACCACAAACAUCCAACACAGAAUCUGACCAGGUCCAGGAAGAAGAAGUGGAAUCAGAGUCAGAAAUUUGA